GGUGGACUCUAGCUCUGGACCAUUCACAUCAGCUCAAGCGCAUACUUCAUCACGUUGCCCGUCAUGACUACCGACAAAGCAGACUUUGAUCCGAUCCUCCUGUCGCUCUUCUCGAACCGCUUCAUGUCGGUCGCAGAAGCCAUGGGAAGAGCUCUUCAACAGACUUCCAUCUCUACAAACAUCAAAGAACGACUCGAUUACAGCUGCGCGCUGUUCAGCGCCAACGGCGACCUGGUGGCCAACGCUCCCUUCAUCCCCGUACACUUGGGAUCCAUGUCGUUCGCCAUCAAGUACCAACUAGACCUCCUCGGACCAUCCUUGAAACCGGGAGAUGUGUUGCUCGCCAACUCGCCCGUAGCUGGAGGAUCCCAUCUACCGGAUCUGACCGUCAUCACCCCGGUCUUCGCUUCAUCUUCUUCUUCCUCCAACAACAACUCAUCGACUUCAACCUCGUCUUCGGGUAAUCAGAACGAAGGACCCGUCCCCGAGGCUGGGAAGCAAGAGAUAAUCUUCUUCACCGCCUCUCGGGGCCACCACGCAGACAUAGGCGGCGCCCAACCCGGGUCCAUGCCUUCCUACUCGACCUCCCUCUCGCAAGAAGGAGCCGAGAUCGUCUCCUUCAAGCUGGUCACCGAGGGCAAGUUCGACCGAGAGGGAUUGAGGAAGAGGAUGGUGGAUGUGCCCGGGGAGGUGGAGGGGUGUUCGGGGUGUAGGGAUUUUAGGAGCGUGGAGAGUGAUAUCAAGGCGCAAAUCGCCGCCAACUUCAAGGGGAUCCAACUCCUCCACGCCCUCAUCGCGGAAUACGACCUGGAGACCGUGCACGCUUAUAUGAAGCAUAUCCGAGAUAAUGCGGAACAAGCGGUCAGGAAGAUGUUGAUCGCUGCUGCCAAGGUGGCUGGGACGGAUACCCUCUCUGCCAUCGACUACAUGGACGAUGGAUCCCCUAUCGCACUCAAGGUUACCAUCGACAAGGACACAGGAGACGCGACGUUCGAUUUUACGGGGACGGGGCCGGAAGUGAGGGGGAACUGGAACGCGCCGAUCUCGGUCGUACAUAGUGCGAUCAUCUAUUGUAUGAGGGCGAUGGUCGACCAGGAUAUACCUCUGAACGCCGGGUGUCUGGUGCCGCUGAACAUCAUCAUCCCCGAAAACUCUCUCCUCUCGCCUUCACCCGAAGCGGCCGUUUGCGCCGGUAACGUCUUGACUUCGCAGAGGAUAACGGACGUCUGUCUGAAGGCGUUCCAGGCCUGUGCGGCGAGUCAGGGGUGUUGCAACAACUUGUCAUUCGGAACCGGAGGGAAGGAUAAGGAGACCGGGGAAGUUUCCCGUGGCUGGGGUUAUUACGAGACCAUCGCCGGAGGUAGCGGCGCGGGACCCAACUGGCAUGGGACUUCUGGUGUACACGUACAUAUGACGAACACGAGGAUCACCGAUCCGGAAAUCUUGGAAAGACGAUAUCCCGUAAUACUGCAUCAAUUUGGGUACCGCCCGAACUCUGGAGGCAAGGGCUUGUAUAACGGUGGCGAUGGGGUUAUCCGGGAGAUGGAGUUCCUCCAACCCAUCGAAGUAUCGUUAUUAACAGAAAGACGCGCUCGACAGCCUUAUGGAAUGGCAGGCGGGGAAGACGGACAAAGCGGGCUCAACCUCCAGAUCAGCACGAUCAAGAGGAAGACGACGGAUGGCAAGGAAGAGCUGGUCAAGCGGGAGAGGAAUUUGGGAGGAAAGGCUACUGUAGCGUUCAACGCAGGGGACAGGCUCGUAUUGAACACGCCUGGUGGAGGUGGAUGGGGAGUACCCGGGGGACCGGCCGAGGUGAAGAGCAAGGUGGAGAGCUUUGCUUGGGAACCGAGGGGGAGUUUGGCGGAAAGGAGCGCUUUGGAGGCGGCUUUCGGCGCAUGAUGGGACGGCGGGGAUUGUACCAGAGUCAAUAUGGUUGUACAUCAAUGCAUUCAGAUAGGGACUG